AUGUCCAACCGCAAAGGAAGCAUUCUCGUGACAGGCGCGAAUGGCGGGUUAGGCUCGGGCAUCGUUUCUCAGAUCAUCUCGAGUGAGCUCAGUGCAUACCAUGGCUUGUAUGCCGUUCGAGAUGCCGCAUCUGCCACAAGGCUCAAAUCUGUCCUUGCGCAAGCCUCUUCGCAUUCCUUUGAAAUCUUGUCCUUGGAGUUAUCGCUCAUUUCCGAUGUCCGCAAGGUGUCAGAUACUAUCAAUUCCCGCAUAGCGACUGGCGAGAUCCCCCCUAUCCGGGCCUCAAUUCUCACCGCAGGCUUCCACGACAUGGGAGAGGAGAGCCUGACUGCAGAAGGGUUUGACACGAGUUUCACUUCGAACUAUCUAGGUCAUUGGCUACUCACCUUGAAGCUUCUUCAAAGCGUGGAUAAAGCAAGCGGCCGGAUCGUCAUUGUUGGCAGUAACAGUUACGAUGUCAAUCAUCCAGUGCAUAAGAUAGACGGGUACUAUAACGAAGACAAGUGGAAGAUCUUUUUCCGACAAGAUAACAUUGACGAUGUUGCGAAAGGAACCUGGAGUAGCAACCAGGCAAACGAACUCCCACGGUUGGCUGGAACUCGGCGCUACGGUGUUGCGAAGAUGUGCGCUGUAAUGACGGUUGGAGAGCUUCAACGCCGAAUCGAUUCCGACCCGCUACUCAGCAAUAUCUCUAUCGUCGGAAUUGAGCCAGGUUCGAUGGGCACGGAUCUUGUCCGACGCGGUGCUUGGUUUGCACGCGUGAUUCUGUUUCCUGUCAUCAUACCCUUGCUUGCGCCACUUCUGACCUGGUACCACCCAAAUGGUCCCAUCCGAACCAUCACAAAGUCAAGUGCCGAUGUGAUCAGAGCCGCUUUCGAUGCGAACCCAGACCUUCGAGGCAAAUAUCUGAACGGAUCGGAGUUGGAGGAUGUAGUGGCAGAGGCUGCAGAUUCCAAGAAACGGGCCAUGGUACCUGAUCAGGCAUCUGCGCAGCCCCAGCCCCAGCCCCAACCACAGCCAGCCUGCCCUGUUAAUCACGCCAAAGUCAGAUCCACAUCUUCCAAAUCUGCCACGUUGCUCGCGUCCCUCGACGCGACAAAGCGACCAUGGACGACGAGCAUGAACGCCAGCGACGAGACCUGGACCGCGCCACCAGGCUCCUCAAGACGAUGCCACGAGAGGACAUGGUGGAGAUGCUCCUCGACAUCUUGUCCAACGAGCGCUCCGAGGACACCCGCAAGCUGUCCGACUAUGGCAUUCCAGAUCAUCCUCCAUGACGACACUCGACACAUGCGUGAGCUGCUGGCGCAGCUUGGCAAGGGUGGGCGGAAUCGCCAGUGGUCCCAGACCUCCCAGACUUCGAGUGCCAGCUGCCAGUGCCCUACACUUGCAGGCCAAGACUCCAGACAACAGUAUCAUGCUCUCGAAGGAGCCUCAAGCUCUACUGACUCCUUCUCAACCUCGGGGCACAAGAAUCUCGCAGAACUGUACGCAAGAUAUGACAAGAUUCGAGAAUAUUGGUGCGAAGACGAUGAGGCGACUGUUCACGGUUCGGAUGUGUCAGAAAGAGAUGAAUCUCCAAACCGUGACUGGUUGGAGAAGAUGAAGUGCGUGCACUGCAAGCUGUACUUCACCCAUGAGCAAAAUGUGCGGGAUCUCGACAACGGCUCGAGCCCUUGUUCAUAUCACCCAGGUAAGACGUUCUACCCACACGAAAGAACCAAACCACUGGAACCCCAGACAAUAAUACCUCCACAGGCCGAGUCAAAUGGACAAGUGAGGGCACUGACAGCCUGUUCUGGACUUGCUGCCGUCGUGAGAUACCCUGGGAUGACUGUUCGUCUAACCUUAAAAAAGCACCAGGCUGCGUGAGUAGCUACCACAUGAAUUUGAGGGAGUUUCGAUGUUGUGUUUGUGACCAACUCGUCACGGAAGAGGAGAACUGUUAUCAACUGGACGGCUCCCCACCUUGUUCGUACCACCCAGGUGCUGCAGUACCUGAUGCACGGGUUGGCGAGGUCUGGACUUGCUGCAUGGCAACAGCGCAUUCUAAAGGUCUACGAUGGGACUGGAAGUGGGACUCAAGGUCACCGGGUUGUACAGCACUAUAUCACAUGUGCGGGGGGUAGUUCUAUAUCAGGAGGGACGAACAGCUGGGAAUGCCCCUUUUCCCAUGAGUGAGAGCUACAUGUUCCAUCUUUGCCUUCAUCUUGAUGUAUGGUCGGGAAAUGGUUGUGUUAUGGAGCUGGGGAAACUCCCGAGGUCUGGCCUUUCGAAAAGUUUGAAAUUCGUGCUUGUGUAGAAAGU